AUGCCGUCUAUUCACACUGAAAUCGAGAUCAACUGCUCUCCUGAGCAAGUCAGGAAAACCUUUCUUGACUUCCCCUCUUACUCAUCCUGGCCAACAACAUUCAUCAAGUCCAUCACACCAGUUGACACAAGCCGUCCUGUUGAGGCAGGGUCCAGAUUAAACGUCGAGCUUGAAGGAAUUUCCAUGGCACCCGUCGUCAUCGCCAACUCUGCUGAUGAAUUCAAGUGGGCGGGCAAACUGUGGAACAUUCCAGGUCUAUUUAACGGCGACCAUUACUUCAAGUUCACACCAAGCACAAAAACGCCUGGCGGCACGACAUUUGUUCAGGGCGAAGACUUUUCUGGGAUUUUGACAUUUUUGAUGGCUGAAUGGUCAAGCUUUCGGGCGUCAACGGUAAAGGGAUUUGAGGCAUUCAACCAGGAUCUGAAGAAGAGAUGUGAAAAUGCAAACUGA